GUUGUAGAAGAAUCUGACAGUGCACUUCCUCCACCUUCUUUGAGGAGACGUGUUGAAGAGAACUCUUCUCGAUUGCCGACAGAGUAUGGUGACGUGACGGCCCCUCCUUCAGGUCAUCCUUCUUCACCCUCCAAAGAUUUGCCUUCGUCCAAAAGAGGAGGCAGGAAAGGGAAUAGGAGGUUUGACAGAAACUAUGGGGGUUAUGAGGCGGAGACAGCGAAUUUAUUGAUCGGAAUUACCCGAUCGGAAUCCAAACUCGCUGAUGAUCAAUCUCCAUCUGAUCUUGGCAGCCUCCAAUCAAGUCAAUCCUCCGAAGCCUCUUUGAUUACGUCUAUAUCUAGUUAA